AUGUCCAUGUCCAUUAUCCACAACCUUAAAACCCCAACCUUACUCUCCCCUUCCCUUUCUUCACCCCACACUUCCUCAUCAUUCCCAUUACAAUCAUCUUUCAAACCACCCAUCUUUUCCUCUUAUCCCUCACUCCUUUCCAGAAGACUCUUCCUUCCAUCCGUUUCCGGUAUCUGGGACGCUUUCACUGGCGGCAACAACAACACCAAUGAAGCCGUUCUCGCAAUUCGACGCGGAAUGUCUCUCUUCAGACAGGGUGAUGUUUUAGGGUCUGUUGUAGAAUUCGACAGAGCAAUUCAAUUGGACCCUCGUCAAAAGGCCUAUCUUUGGCAAAGGGGCCUUUCACUUUACUACCUUGAUAGAUUUGAAGAAGGAGCUGAGCAGUUUCGGUUAGAUGUUGCUCAGAAUCCAAAUGAUACAGAAGAGUCCAUAUGGUGCUUUCUGUGUGAAGCUCAACUGUAUGGAGUGGAUGAAGCAAGGAAGCGAUAUCUUGAGGUUGGCAUAGACCCAAGGCCCGUCAUGAGGGAAACAUAUGACAUGUUUAAAGAUGGUGGAGAUCCUGAAAAGCUUGUAGCUGCUUUCUCUAAUAGCAGAGAAAGCGAUUAUUUUUAUGCUUCACUAUAUGCCGGGCUAUUUUACGAAUCUAAGAAUGAAAGUGAUGCUGCAAAAGUUCAUAUAGUAGCUGCUUGCAAGUCUUCUUAUGGGCAAAGGUCUAAUGAUUAUAUGGCUUCUCUUUCCAAGGUUCACUGUCUUUGUCGAAAUUGGAUCUUCAGCUGA